ACAAUCUUUAUACUGGAGAAAAUAUGUAUUUUAAGAAUUACAUAUUUUUUCUUUUUGUUUUAUGGGCUCCUGGUACAAGGCAGCCCCCCUGAAACCCUUAUUACAAAAUCUUUCUUGUAAAUUAAACAAGGAAGGGAUGUGACUGUGAAUUGGAAAAUGCAUCUUACAUAUUUUAGAGAAUUAACAGAGUCAGCACAUGUAGCUACAGCUGCCUUUCUUUGUCUGCAGCAUUCACAGCAUCCCUCCCCCUUUGCUUCCUUUCUUGCUGGGCGUUUACUUGCUUUCAGCACCAUGGACAGUGACCUGCCUAAUGGAGCUGCGUUGCCAUGGCGACGUGCUGUCUGUUCGCUGGAGCCCGCGGUGUGCUCUGAAGCAGCCUGUAAUUUAAAAUUCUGACGAGCCCCCCUCCUCCUCUUCACAGAGCAGCAGCCGCAGCUCGCCCACAUCAGAUUAGCAUUCUCUGCUAAAUAUUACCGCUACAUUUGCCUUAUAAGGGCUGAUGACAAAGGAAAUUGCAGUCUGCUAAAAUUGCUGCAGCGUGAGAGGAACGAUGCAGGAAGACAUGGUGAUGCACAAUGCGGCAGAGCUCGUGCACGCGCACGUAUAUGUUUGACCUCAAUCCAAAAUCAAUACAUAGCAGGUGGGAGGGGUGCGCAGAUUUGAGGUGUUUAUUAUGUAGGUCACUUUGUUUUCUUGUAGUAUAAUCAUCUUUUUUUCUUUUCUACCAUUAUUUAUUUUAUAUGUUGCAGUACAGUAAGGCUGCUGCAUGAGACACGAGGCAGAAAUGCACAUGAGCAAUGUAGAGCAGACAUGAGCUCAUCAUAGCUGCACAUGCAGGUUUAAUCCAUGGGAUGUCACUGCUCACCUCUAGAUUAGGAGACACAUGAUGGGAGUGUGCUGGAUAGAUCACACAGAGUUUAAGGAGAAGGAAUGUGAAUGUCAACAACUUUAUCUACAUAAGGCCAAAAACACUGACACAAAAAAAUUUAAAAAACGCUGUAUUUUAGGGGUUCGAAUAUUUUUCCUAAAAAUAUUCAAUACGUUUCCUAUAUGCACUGUGUACUAUGUAACUUAGUAUUAUUUGAAGCUGAACAUGCAAACAAGGGAAAUUUUUGUACAGGCAAGCAUAUAAAUAUAUGGAGAACAAAAAUCCCAGUAAUGACUGGUUACUUGAAUUUCAAUUGCACUUGUUUUCCAAGAAAACAAGGAAACGUGACAUAAAAACAAUGAAACUGGCAUUUACAUCCUUUAUAACCUUAAAGGUCAAGUGUUUUGGCAACAAUUACAUUGUUAAAUUAUGUGGCUUAUGUCUAGUUUGUUAAAUUGUUUUCUGAAGAAUGUGUGGAAUUAAAACAGGUUAAUGAGACAAAUAAUGUUGUGGGAGACACUGUAAUACAAUGGGACACAAAAGACAAAAAACAUGAUUUGACAUUACUUGGUGUUACUGUAGGCUAAACUCGAAGAAACCGUUUUAUGGUCACUGCAGCAUCGUUUCAGUGACAAUAGGUGGUGCUGUUACAUUAUAUAUUAUCAUAGUGGUUGUGUGUGAGAUGUUUUUUUUUUUUUUUUUUUUUUACAUGUGCAUUCAGUGGCAACCCAAAGAGACGCGUGGAGGAGCGGACCUAAACAGCCCUUAUUCUGCUGCCAGAAUGAUGUUCCUGCAGACUUUUGAUUUUUUAUGCUUAAGAGGAAACUGAAAAUCAUUGCGAAUUUGUUGACGGAUUUAUGGUCGUUGAGUAAAAGACUUCUGUCAAACAAUGGCGAUAACGGACAUCAAAGGACAAUGGCUGCAUGUGUGGAUUUCUUUUUGUCUGGCGCUGCUGAUUGUUACUCAUCUGAAGGGGAUCUCUGCUCAAAUACGAUAUUCAAUUCUGGAAGAAUUGAAAUUAGGCACUGCAGUUGGAAAUGUAGCCAAAGACCUUGGAUUAGAUCUUGGGAGACUGGCGGAUAGGAAUCUCCGUGUCGUGUCAGGAACAAAGCAGGAUCUGUUUAAGGUAAAUCAGACAGAUGGAGUUUUGUUAGUGUACCAGAGAGUAGACAGAGAGGAACUGUGUGGAAACACUGUUCCGUGCAUCACAAAUCUGAAAGCAGUUGUAGAAAACCCUCUGGAAAUGCACCAAGUAAUAGUUGAAAUACGCGACAUAAACGACAAUUCGCCGAAAUUUCCUGAUGAAAACUACACAUUAGAGGUGCUGGAGUCUGCCAUAAUUGGAUCUCGAUUUCAAAUGGAAGGGGCACACGACUUAGAUGUUGGUUUGAAUUCCCUACAAUCGUAUAAACUAAACCAUAACCAAUAUUUUCGCCUGGAAACUGAGGAAUUUGGGGAAGAUGGGAAGGUUCCAUUCCUUAUAUUACAGCGAUCAUUGGAUAGAGAACACACUGCUCAACACUGGUUACUGUUAACAGCUGCAGACGGAGGUAAACCAUCAAAAUCUAGUUCUAUUAAUAUCACUGUUGUUGUAUCUGAUAUAAAUGACAACUCACCAGUAUGUGAUAGACAGAAAUACACUAUUACGGUAAAGGAAAACGCACCUGCGGGGACGUUUCUCCUGACAGUGGAUGCAUCUGACUUGGAUGAAGGGAUGAACGGUGAGGUCGAAUAUUCAAUACGGAGCAAACUAAGAGGACUCUCAACUGAGCCUUUCGAUUUAAAUAGCAGAACUGGCAAACUAACUGUGAAAGGAGGCCUUGAUUUCGAGGAAAAGCAAUUGUACGAGAUUAAGGUACUGGCUGCGGACAAAGGUGCCGUGUCUCUCUCCACACACUGCAACGUGGUUGUUAAAGUUGAAGACGUGAACGAUAACCCACCUGAAAUAGACAUCACAUCCCUCUCGAGUCGCAUUCCAGAGGAUGCACCUCCUGGAACGGUGGUGGCGCUGGUGGGUGUGACGGAUCUUGACUCAGGUGUGAACGGACAGGUGGUCUGCAGUGUGCCGGGUCACUUGCCUUUUGACUUAAAGCCAUCCCCAGACGGACAGUCAUACUCUUUGGUCACCAAGGAAAACCUAGACAAGGAAACAGUACAUAUGUAUAAUAUUACAAUAACGGCAAAGGAUUUAGGGACUCCCUCUCUGUCAUCUACGAAGGUGAUACAAGUAGAUGUGCUAGAUGUUAAUGAUAAUAGUCCUUUAUUCACUGAAAGCCCAUACAAUUUUUACGUGCUUGAAAACAACAAGCCCGGAGUGUCAUUUUUUUCAGUGAGCGCGGCUGAUGCUGAUGGGGAUGAAAAUGCUGCAGUUAUAUACACACUCGAUCGUAAGAGUCCGGGACCCACUGUGACCUCCUUUUUGAAUAUAAAUGAAGCCAGUGGCGCAAUUUCAGCGCUAAAAAGUUUCGACUUUGAAACUCUGAAAACGUUCAAGUUCCAAGUUGUCGCCACAGAUUCUGGAACUCCGUCACUAAGCAGCAACGUCACUGUGAACGUGUUCAUUCUGGAUCAGAACGACAACGCUCCAGUCAUCCUGUAUCCAGUCAGCUCUAACGGUUCUGCUGAAGGUGUGGAGGAGAUUCCCCGCAAUGUGAACGCAGGACACUUGGUGACUAAAGUCAGAGCCUAUGACGCUGAUAUAGGAUAUAACGGCUGGUUACUCUUUUCACUGCAGCAAGUUACUGACCACAGUCUCUUUGGUUUGGACCGCUAUACAGGACAGAUCAGAACACUUCGCUCAUUCACAGAGACAGACGAGGCUGAGCAUAAACUGGUCAUACUGGUCAAAGAUAAUGGGAACGUUUCACUCUCAGCAACAGCUACUGUGAUUGUCAAACUUGUGGAGCCCAAAGAAGCUUUUGCAGCAUCUGAUGUUACCAGCGCGGCAAACGAUCAAGGAGAAAAUAAUAUUGUAUUUUACUUGAUUAUAACUUUGGGCUCAGUGUCUAUACUUUUUCUUGUCAGUAUCAUCGUUCUGAUUGCAAUGCAGUGCUCAAAAUCUACAGACUAUUCCUCCAAGUAUUUACAAGACGCUAAUUAUGACGGAACACUGUGUCACAGCAUCCAGUACAGAUCUGGAGACAAACGCUACAUGUUAGUUGGACCCAGAAUGAGUAUAGGAUCUACUAUUGUUCCGGGCAGCCAUGCAAAUACACUUGUGGUCCCUGACAGGAGGAGAGCAUCUGAAGAGGCCCUGCCCAUCAUCUCUGGAUCUUCUCUGAUGUGGGCGGUAUGGCUGACGGAGUACACAUCGAAGGCUGUGUAUCAAAUAAUAUAA